AUGCCUCCUCCACCCAUCAACAGGUUCCCCAGCGGACCUUCGCCCUACCAUCAGCAGUUUCCCACACAUGGCCAGCACACGGCAAGCCAUCCUCCGCAGCUGGCAGCAAACCCCGCCUACCUCAACCAGAACGCCCAAGUGAACCCCUUUUCGGCGAAUAGCAACCUAUUAGGCCUGGGCGGGGCACUGAAUGCUGGUGGUGGCGGCUUCAAUCACGGGGCUCAGCUUCAGCAACAACAGCAAGCUCAACAACAACACCAACAGCAGGCUCAACAACAGACGGCCCAACACCCACAACACGCUCAGCAUGCCCAGCACCAACAGCACAUGCAGCACGCACCACAACAGGGCCACGGUGCCCUUGCCGACCAUCCCACACGAUCGCAGCAAAAGAGCCGGAUACGGGAGGUGUGGAAGUACAACUUGCACGACGAGAUGGCCAUACUGAGAGACUUGGUGGACAAGUAUCCGUACAUUGCUAUGGACACCGAGUUUCCCGGCGUUGUGUCGAGACCGAUGGGCGGGUUCAGGGGUAAGAGCGACUACCAUUACCAAUGUCUCAGGACCAACGUCGACAUGUUGAAGGUCAUCCAGAUCGGCAUCGCCCUGUUCAACGAAGACGGCGAGCAGCCCCCCGCACGACCAAACUCGACCGAUUCUAUGGACCUUGCAGGAAAAAGGGCGGCCAAUCAACAGGGGCCGUUUCCCUUCGCGUGGCAGUUUAACUUUAAAUUCUCCCUUAAGGAGGACAUGUUUAACCAGACCUCGAUCGAGUCUCUGCAGCAAGCCGGUAUCGACUUCAACCUACUGGAGAGGGACGGCAUCGACCCCAAGGAAUUCGCCGCGUUGCUUAUCCCAUCUGGCUUGGUGUGUUUCGAAGAAGUGCGCUGGAUCAGCUUCCACGGUGGCUACGACUUUGGGUACCUUACAAAACUUUUGAUCUGUUCUCAGCUUCCUAACGACGAGGUUGAGUUUGAUCAGAUCAUGAAGCUCUAUUUUCCCUCAACGUAUGACGUUAAGCACCUCAUGAAGCACGCGAUCAAGCAAUACAACAGCGGUGCGCUGACCCCCAACGAUCCGGGUGCAGCCGAAAUCCUUCAAAAGUUCGAACAGAAAUCCGGCCUGGAACAUAUCGCCGACACUCUCAAGGUUAAGCGCGUGGGUAGUGCACACCAGGCGGGUAGUGACAGCCUUAUCACCGGCAAGGUCUUUUUCGAGCUACGGAAGCGCAUCUUUAACGGAGAUAUCGGUGGCGAGCACGUCGGUAAGGUCUGGGGUCUUGGCAUUCCCGAUUUCUCUGUUGUAGCCAGCCUUCCCAGCCUUAACACGGCAGCCGCGACUGCUAGCAAUAACAACAAUAACAGCGCCAACGCCGAGAGCUCAUCGACUGGACAGCAGCAAAACGGUGCGCAGAACGGAACCCCCAGCACGCCCAACGGCGCUUCAGUGAACCUUGCCGGUGCACUCGCGGCUGCGGGCGCCAACGCAGCUCAGGCGGCCGUCGCCGCACAAGCUGCCGCUGCCGCUUCGCACAACACCAACGGCGGUGCUGCGGCGGCGCUGGGCAACCUCGGACCUAUGACCCCCGGUGGCGGAGGUGGCGUGUUCGGCCAGUUUGCGUUCGGCAACAAUAGCAACAAUAGCAACAAUAGCAGCGCCAACCGAGGUUAG